CCGCGUGGCGGCGGCUAGCUCUGUCCGAACCCGCGCUCGGCACCAGCCCAGCCUGGGCAAGCGGCCGCCACCUGCCCGGCGCCGCCUCCACCCGCCCCAGAGCGGCCCAACUUGGAUGGAGUUGGGGUCCUGAGCGCCUCUCCCCCACAGCCGGCCAGCGGAGAGCCCCGUGCCGCCACCUUCAGUCCGGGACCCCCUUUCCGUUCCUCUCCGCUCCUGCGAUGGGAAAAGUUGGCGCCAGAGGUGGCUCCGCAGCCGGGCUGAGCGCGCUCCUCGCCGGCGCGGGGCUCUUGGUCCUCUGCGCCCCGGGCGCCUGCUGCGGCGGCUCCUGCUGCCUCCAGCUUCACCCCAGCUCGGCCCCACGUUGGGAUCCGACCACAGGGGGCUUUUCUCAUCAGGGGCCACCAGGCAGAGCUCCUGCCACGCCCCUGCCCCUCCGUGGGCGCCCUCUGUUCGCAGUGGCCCCCGGAGACCGAGCGCUGUCCCUGGAGCGGACCCCGGGCCCCGGAGCAUCCGUGGCCGUUGCUCCACGCUCGGGCCGGAGGAAACGGAGUGGAGCGGAUCAGAAGGCAGAACAAGGAGAGGGCGCGAGUAGGAACCCCCGGAGAGUGCUAAGGGACGAAGGGCAGCAGGAGCUUGGGACUCUGGAGCGGGACCCAGACAAAGCCACUCGCUUCCGGAUGGAGGAGCUGAAACUGACCAGCACCACGUUCGCGCUGACAGGCGACUCAGCACACAACCAAGCUAUGGUCCACUGGUCUGGCCACAACAGCAGCGUGAUUCUCAUUUUGACAAAGCUCUAUGACUAUAACCUUGGGAGCAUCACUGAGAGCUCACUUUGGAGGUCAACCGAUUAUGGGACAACCUAUGAGAAGCUAAAUGAUAAAGUUGGGUUGAAAACAAUUUUAAGCUAUCUCUACGUGUGUCCUACCAACAAGCGUAAGAUUAUGUUACUCACAGACCCAGAGAUUGAGAGCAGUUUAUUGAUCAGCUCAGAUGAAGGUGCGACCUAUCAAAAGUACCGGCUGAACUUCUACCUGCAGAGCUUGCUUUUCCACCCCAAGCAAGAGGACUGGAUUCUGGCAUACAGCCAAGAUCAAAAGCUAUACAGCUCUGCUGAAUUUGGGAGAAGGUGGCAGCUUAUCCAGGAAGGGGUUGUACCAAACAGGUUCUACUGGUCCAUGAUGGGAUCAAACAAAGAACCAGAUCUUGUGCAUCUUGAGGCCAGAACUGCGGAUGGUCACUCACAGUACCUAACGUGCCGAAUGCAGAACUGCACAGAGGCCAACAGAAAUAAACCUUUUCCAGGCUACAUUGACCCAGACUCUUUGAUUGUCCAGGAUGAUUAUGUGUUUGUUCAGCUGACAUCAGGAGGACGGCCACAUUAUUAUGUGUCCUACCGAAGGAAUGCGUUUGCCCAGAUGAAGCUGCCCAAAUAUGCUUUGCCCAAGGAUAUGCACGUCAUCAGCACAGAUGAGAAUCAGGUGCUCGCAGCGGUCCAAGAAUGGAACCAAAACGACACAUAUAACCUCUACAUCUCAGACACCCGGGGUGUCUAUUUCACCCUGGCCUUGGAGAAUGUCCAGAGCAGCAGAGGGCCUGAAGGCAAUGUCAUGAUCGACCUCUAUGAGGUAGCAGGGAUAAAGGGAAUGUUCUUGGCUAAUAAGAAGAUUGACAACCAAGUGAAGACUUUCAUCACCUAUAACAAAGGCAGAGACUGGCGUUUGCUUCAGGCGCCGGACACAGAUUUAAGGGGGGACCCCGUGCACUGCUUACUGCCUUAUUGCUCACUACACCUUCACCUUAAGGUCUCUGAGAAUCCCUACACAUCAGGGAUCAUUGCCAGCCGAGACACAGCUCCCAGCAUUAUAGUGGCUUCAGGUAACAUAGGUUCUGAAUUGUCAGACAGCGACAUCAGCAUGUUUGUCUCCUCAGAUGCAGGGAACACUUGGAGGCAGAUCUUUGAGGAGGAGCACAGCGUCCUGUAUCUGGAUCAAGGUGGAGUCCUGGUUGCUAUGAAGCACACGUCUCUCCCAAUCCGACAUCUCUGGUUGAGUUUUGAUGAAGGGAGAUCUUGGAGCAAAUAUAGUUUCACAUCUAUUCCACUUUUUGUGGAUGGGGUUCUGGGUGAGCCUGGGGAAGAGACUCUCAUCAUGACAGUGUUUGGCCACUUCAGCCACCGCUCUGAAUGGCAGCUGGUUAAAGUGGACUACAAGUCCAUUUUCGACAGACGUUGCGCUGAGGAGGACUACAGACCCUGGCAGCUGCACAGCCAGGGGGAAGCAUGCAUCAUGGGAGCAAAACGGAUAUAUAAGAAGCGAAAAUCAGAGCGGAAGUGUAUGCAAGGAAAAUAUGCAGGAGCUAUGGAAUCUGAACCCUGUGUCUGCACAGAGGCCGAUUUUGACUGUGACUAUGGUUACGAGCGACACAGCAAUGGUCAGUGCCUGCCAGCAUUUUGGUUCAAUCCAUCUUCUCUGUCAAAGGAUUGCAGCUUGGGACAGAGUUACCUCAAUAGUACUGGGUAUAGGAAAGUGGUUUCCAAUAACUGCACUGAUGGAGUGAGAGAACAGUACACCGCCAAGCCACAAAAGUGCCCGGGGAAGGCCCCGCGGGGGCUCCGGAUUGUCACUGCAGAUGGAAAGCUGACCGCAGAGCAAGGGCACAAUGUUACUCUCAUGGUGCAAUUGGAAGAGGGUGACGUGCAGAGGACAUUCAUCCAAGUGGACUUCGGCGAUGGCAUUGCAGUGUCGUACGUCAACCUUAGCUCCAUGGAAGAUGGGAUCAAACACGUCUACCACAACGUGGGCAUCUUCCGAGUGAUCGUGCAGGUGGACAACAGUCUCGGGUCUGACAGCGCCGUCCUGUACUUACAUGUAACUUGUCCCCUGGAGCACGUCCACCUGUCUCUUCCCUUUGUCACCACAAAGAACAAAGAGGUCAACGCAACGGCAGUGCUGUGGCCCAGCCAAGUGGGCACCCUCACUUACGUGUGGUGGUACGGAAACAACACGGAGCCCUUGAUCACCUUGGAGGGAAGCAUAUCAUUCAAGUUUACUUCCGAAGGGAUGAACACCAUCACAGUACAGGUCUCAGCAGGGAAUGCCAUCCUGCAGGACACCAAGACCAUCGCGGUGUAUGAGGAAUUUCGAUCUCUCCGCCUGUCCUUUUCUCCAAACCUGGACGAAUACAACCCGGACAUCCCCGAGUGGAGAAGGGACAUCAGCCGAGUCAUCAAAAAGUCCCUGGUGGAGGCCACGGGGGUUUCAAACCAGCACGUCUUGGUGGCGGUGCUCCCUGGCUUACCCACCGCUGCUGAACUCUUUGUCUUGCCAUAUCAGGAUCCGGCAGGAGAAAACAAAAGGUCAGCCGAGGACCUGGAGCAGAUCGCGGAACUACUGAUCCACAAGCUCAACCUAAACUCGGUGCACUUUGAGCUGAAGCCCGGGGUCCAAAUCCUUGUCCACGCAGCUCACUUAACAGCAGCCCCACUGGUGGACUUGACCCCAACCCACAGUGGAUCGGCCAUGCUGAUGCUUCUCUCCGUGGUAUUUGUGGGGCUGGCAGUGUUUGUCAUCUACAAGUUUAAAAGGAGAGUAGCUUUACCCUCCCCUCCCUCCCCUUCUACUCAACCUGGUGACUCAUCUCUCCGAUUGCAAAGAGCAAGACAAGCCACUCCACCUUCAACGCCAAAGCGGGGAUCUGCUGGGGCACAAUUUGCAAUUUAAGGAAAAUCCCCAAAGGCUCCAGGCGACCUGCUGAUCAGGAAAGAAUUUCGCUCUUGUCAAGUGCAUCAUCCUUCAUGACCACUAACUUUAUGUUUUCUUUUUUUCCUUUGUUGUUCUGUUUCCUAUUUUGCCAGGAAGUAUUUCCAUAGUUGCUGAGAAUCAAAGCACAAAAGAAAUCCCUACCUAUGUAAAUGUUUGAAUGGAGGACGCCAGUAAAAACAAAAACAAACAAAAAAAUAAAAUAAAAACAAUCAAAAUCCAAACAAACAAACAAACAAACACUCACUGCAUCGGGACUUUUUAAUUCUUCAGACACAGACAACAAGGGUUUUUAGCUUUAAGCCUGUGCAUGUGGACUAUACGUUGAGAACACGCUUGGAGGGGUAGUGUACAGGUGCUCUAUUUUAAUGGAAAAACACUCCCCUCCCCCUUACUCCUCUUUUUUCUGAUCGGUCGUGUUUGUAGAAAAUUCAUGACAUAUAUAGGCCAAGGAAAUCUGCAUGUAUUUUUGGAAAUAUUCUUGGCUCUAGAUUUCACAGCUGUUUUAGCACUCUUGGCUGAUGGGUGGAUUAGCCACCCGAGCCCCUUUCACAAGACACAAAAGACAUGCACAGGAGUUUGAAACCCUGAGCUGUUUCUCUGUUCCAUCGUCCUCAGUGCCAUUUUUCCCUUCCAAGUUAUCUGGUAGCUCUGUUGGCCAGUGGUGGCCACAAGGCUGCUUCCUGCAUUCUGUGUGGCCACAGGGACAAAGAAGCCAGUUGAAGUUCUGUAUAUGCAGGCAGCAUAGGGCAAGAAGACAGGUGGGGGCGGAGGGUGGGGAGCAAGCAUGUCAGCAGUGGACCUGUGUUUCCUCUUCACCUCUUCCCAUCAUGACUGCUUCCCCUUGUAGCUUAUCCUGCCCAACUUAUGUAAAAAAUAGAAGCCCAGUUACCUACUCUCUUGCCUUCCCAUUUGUUUGCUAUCCAUGUGUGGUCAUGAUCUGUUCAGGACUUUGUAGCUCUUCUUUCCAAUCCCCAAGUUAUCCUUUCAACUGCUCCUACCUUUUCUUCCCAAACAUGUUGCUAGAUUCUGGACACUAACCCUGACUUUCCCUAAGUAUUGGCCUAGUUUCCGCCAUCCCUACCUCCACUACCCACACGUUUCUGAUCUCCACCAGUUUUGUACAUCCCAAGCAUGGCAGCUUCCAUACACACUGACCAAGCUGCAUCCUGCCCAGCAGGGUUCAGCUUCAUGUACCCUUUGUCCCCUCCUAUAGAACCUGCCUCUUCCAAAUAUCCUUGUCCUUUUCCACCUGGAAAUAUAUCAUGUGUGUGAAUGAGCUGAUAAUAUAUGCAAAGCAAGUCAAACCUAGCCAUGUUCUGUGGAAAAGAAAGCAUUCAGAUGAAUAGGGGUAUCCUCACAGCUUAACAAUAAUCUCGUGCAGUCAGAUUCUAGAAGAUUCUUAUGAGAGAUGUUUUGACCAUGUUUCUACAUGGCAGAGCAAUUUCCUCCCAUGAUGGUUGCUGUACCCAGUAUUUCCUCUCACAGUAGAGAAAAAAUUUUGUAAAAUAAAACUGUUCUAACCAGAAGAAGAAGCAGGUUAAUGGAUUUAAUGUUCAAGAGUAUCAAAAAGUCUGAGAAUAUACGGAGUCUUGUCUUACAUUAGGAUGAGAUUUUGAUCAUGAGGGAUGAUCUCAGACAUUUCACAUGUGUGCUCUCUGAUCUCAGAGUGUCAUAGUAUCAGCAAAGGCAAAAUUAAUAAGCAUAAAGGGGAGGAGUUAGCUGACUAAUUGAAGCAGAUUGGCUCAAAGCAUGAAGAAAUUCCAGUUUUCCCAGGGCAAUCAUGAAAGAAGGCCCAGAGAAAGAAGGAAAUAAACAUAUGUCCAGCAGAAGCCCUUGGAGUACUUACUAUGAAUUGGGCAAAGCCUACUCUAAAAUAUAGAAGAAAAGAGUUGUUGAAAAACCACUCAGAGAACACAGCCUCCUUCUUGGUCAUGUCCCCAAGCCAACAACAGGGUGUAACAGGGCCUUGGUGAUAGAACAGGGUCCUGGGGUCCUAAAGAUCCUGACGAUCCCUGCCCUUACGUAGCCCGGGCAGGGGAAGAGUAGCAAAGCUGAAGUCAGAAGUUACUCAAACAGAAGUUUUUUUAUGGUUGAAGAUGCCCAAUAUGAAUCUGGGAAAUGGAUUAUGCCUGAGGCAGCCAUAACUAUUUGUAGAACUCAAUUGAACCCUGACCUGCCAGGCUUCCUAUCCCAUAGGAAACAUCCUCAUUGAUUCUCUUCAGUUGGAGCCUCCUAAAUGUAAUCUGAAGACAAAGUGUUUGGAAACCAAAAGAGGCUCACUCCAAACAGCACAGGGAGUCCUCAGAGUUGCAGCUCAAUUAGUUUUAAUUGGAAAAUGAUGAAAAGGGGAAUGAUACUCUUAAGCUAGCACAGUGCCUUGCCUAGAGUAGGUAUGAAGAAAAUUACUUAUUGAAGGAAAAAAUGAAUGGUUACGUGAGAAGACGUAGGGAACAAUGGGCUUGUGAGACAUAACUGAAAAUAGAGGUGGACAUGGGAUGCCUGGCAUUGUGGAAAGUGACCAAAGAUGGCCAGCUCUAGAGUCAGCGUCUCCAGGGUCCGCGUGUGCCUCUCCUCCAAGCUCUCUCCCACUUGUAGGAGAUUAGUGAGGCAAGGGACUGCUCAGAGGGGACCUCAUCGUUUUAAUGAUCUAGCUCCAUGGUUCUUGAAGUGUGGUACCCAGACCAGCAGUAUCAGCACCACCUCAGAUUUGUUAGAAAUGCCAGUGUUUGGUCCCUACCCCAGACCUACUGAAAUCAGAAACUCCAGAGGUGCGGCCCAGCAAUCUGUUUUUACAAGCCCCUCAGGUGAUUGUGAUGUACACUGUAGUUUGGGAACUGCUCUACUGGACCAUUCUAGCUCCGUCCCAAAGAGAAGGCAGUGAUGAGAACCUACAAAUGGGAGGGACCCAAGUGCCUACCUACUCGCUAACAGCAGGUGCAAACACAAUGCAGAGUUUGGUGGGCUUGAGGCCAGAGGAGUGGGUGGGGAGGGAUGGUUGUAGAAGGUAAGAUUCAGAGCAAGCUAAAAAUCUAAUAUUGCAAUGUUUUCCAAAAUCCCAGAAGGCAAAUUGUGCACGCUCUACCCUGAAUUACCCAACCAACAUUUCCUCCUUUGCCUUAUUCCUAAUUGGAUUCCCCAUGCAAAAUGCAGAGGUUUGCUUUGCUUUUUUUCCCAGAAGUUCCAAAUAGCAACUUUGAGAGCAAUGGGGUACUUGGCAGCUGUUCUGUGUUUUCCAGGAUUCCAACUGAAAUCCCUCAUUUGCCAACUUAUUUUUAUAGGAAGCCAAUUAAAAAAAAAAAAAGUUUUCUUAUAGUAUCGGAACUACUUCUAAUUUUAAAAUGACUUUUUGAUGUAUUUUUGGUUAAAUACUAUGUAGUGUAAUGUAUAAUUGCUAUUGUUUAUUGCU